AUGCCGUACACCGUAGAAGGCGAGGAAAUAGACCCAGAGGAGCUUGAAGACGGCACCUGGGUCACACCAAAACCGAUGCAGGGCAGCUUAGACCCCUUAGAUCUACAACACAAGUACAGCAAGGCCGCGUCCAAGCCCGCAGAGGCCAGGCCUGAACACGCCAGCACUUCAGCGCUUCACGUGCAAGCUACGCGCCCGCCGAAGCUGCCACGUCGGAGGCCCAUGCCGAGGCUGCCAAGCGAACAUUACAAAAUUGUAAUUAGACCCAGACACCCAAUCAACCUGGCGAACAUAGGCCUCGCUGCAAUACUGGAAGCCAUCCAAAGCACGGCCAAAGUCGACCCGGCCCGAGCAGAAGAAGAAGACCAAAUAAGAAUCCACCCUAUUAAAAAUACCAUUACAGUCAGUACACCCGACAGAACCAGGGCAGAAGCCUACCGCUCGCUGGAAGUCCUGAAGAGCCUGAGGUACAAUAUGAAUUUACCAGUGGCUACCUACGUACCAGCGCCGGACGACUCCAUCCGUGGCGUAGUCUACAAGGCCUACACGGAUGAAACAGACCAUGAUUUUCAAGCAGAACUCAUGAAGAAAAACCCCGACAUCCCCAUAGUAAAUGCCAGGAGACUGGGUUCAUCAAGACACCUGGUCAUCACCCUGGCGGGAAAAAAGCUUCCUGCCACGAUCCGCUUCAGGUGUUUCACCCUAGAAGUACACCCAUUCAGAGAGAGACCCGAGGCCUGUUUCAACUGCAGGAGGCUUGGCCACCGCACAGACGUAUGCCCGCUGCCCGACCCUGGAACACCAAAAUGCCGAAGAUGCGGAGGAGAACAUCCACCACCGCCAUUAGGAGAAAAGCCGACAUGUACACCACAGUGUGUAGUAUGCCACGGCGAACAUCCCACUGGCAGCCGGAGUUGCAAGCUACGCUUCGCGCCGCACCAACAAGCGCGGGAGAUCAAAGUCACCAGGCCAAUCAAGAUCACGAUCGAGAGGAAGAAGCCAGAGCAGGAACAGGCAAUCAAGAUCGAGAUCGAGAGGAAGAAGCCAGAGCAGGAACAGGCAAGACCCCUUCCCUGA